AUGAAAUCAUAUUCUAAGGUCACAGGAUGUAUGGCAAUGAUUGGUUUUGACAGAAAUGUUGCAACAAAUAAAAUCACUGUAUAUGCAUUUGAAGACGCACAUAACCAUCCACUUACUGAAUUUAAUGAAGAAAACAUCUGCUCUCCAAAUCAUCCUCUUAGUAUUUUUGAUCAAGAACUAAUUGUUAAAGCUUCAACUAUCAACAUUGGUGCCACAAAAGCACACAAGUUAAGAGCAUCAUUAAAGGGAGGAUAUGAUAAUUUUCCAGCAACAAAGAAUGAUUUCAAAAACUUUUGGAGAGAUUAUACAACUAUUGUUGGACCAAAUGAUGCUCAAUGUGUUGUAGACCAGUUGAUAAUUCGCAGAGAUAAUUAUCAAAAUUUCCAUUUUCAAUAUAAGUUGGAUGAUGAUGUGCUAAAUGCUAUGUUUUGGGUUGAUGAAACAGGAAGAGAAAACUACUCUAAGUUUUCUGAUGUUAUAUCAAUGGAUGCAACUUAUAGAACAAACAGGUACAAUAUGAUAUUUGUUCCUUUCACUGCAAUAAACAAUCAUGACAAGACAAUCAACGUUGGAGCAGGACUAAUAUCAGAUGAAACAAUUGAAUCAUACUCUUGGUUAUUAGAAGCUUUUUUGUCAUCACAUAAGAAGAAACCAACAAUGAUUCUGUCAGACAUGGAUGCAACAUUAUCUUGUUCAAUAGCAAAGGUGUUUCAAGGAUGUACUCACAGAUUAUGUAUGUGGCACAUAAUGUCAAAAAUGCCAUCAAAGGAAAAUAAAUGGUUGGACGAUAUGUUCAACAAGAGAGAUAAAUGGAUUCCAUCCUAUUUCAGAGAUAUACCAAUGUGUGGACUUAUGAAGACUACAUCUCGAUCUGAAAGUUCUAAUUCCUUUUUCAAUGUUUUCUCAAGUCCAACCAACUUACUUGUUAAUUUUAUGUUCAACUUUGACACUGCACUUUCAAAGCAGCGUCAUGAACAAAAAAGAUUAGACAUUGCAUCAAGAGAUACUUCUCCACAACUGCUAUUUCCAAAUGAAAAUUUGAAAAUAGAAAAGCAUGCAUCAUUGUUUUCUUUUGAUGCAAAAGAUGAAACAAUUGAAUGUGAAUGUUUGCAUUUCACAUUUUUUGGAAUCCUUUGUAGUCAUGCUUUGAGAAUUCUUAUAGAUUAUGAAAUUGCCAUGAUACCUGAAAAAUACAUUCUAGAUAGAUGGAGAAAGAACAUAGUGGAUAUUGGUUUUCAAAAGAUAAACCAAAAAUGGAGAGUGUGCAGUACAGAAAUUUCAAAUCUCUUGCAGGGUGCAACUUCUUUUUUUGAGAAAUGCGUUGAAUCGGUUAUUCAUGACAAAGAAAAACUACAAGAAUUGGUGAACUCUCUUCAACAAUUAAGUGAAACUUGUGGAAAGGAUGUUUCUACAAGAUCAAGUUCAAUUCCAAUAAAAGAUGUGAUUGAAAAUAUUAUCGGAGUUCCAAUUUCAAGUGAUGUGAAAAUCAAAGUACCAAGUGAGAUAAAAACAAAAGGAAGUGGAAAGAGGAGUCGAAUCAAAAGUGCUGCAGAAAAAGCAAUAGCAAAAUCACUUAAACCAAAACGCAAAUGCAAAGGAUGCAACCAAUUUGUCAACCAUGAUAUAAGAAAUUGCCCAAUAAAUCCUUCAAAUGUGCUUAGACCUUUCAAAAAACAUCAGUAA